AUGGGACGGUCUCGGUGUUGUGUUGGGGGAUGUAGCAAUGUGCCAGGAAAUGGAAUUAGUCUGCACACAUUUCCCAAAGAAGAGAAACUCCGGAAACAAUGGAUUCGUUCAAUUCAGAUGACUGGGUCUGAGUGUUCAAGGGCCGGAUGGCAAGGUCCCUCGAAAAACGGUUCCGCAAAUGCACAGCUUGUGUGUUCUGAGCAUUUUGAGUUGACAAUGUUCACGAUGACUACCAGAACUAAAUGGAGUCUCGGUCUAACCUAUAGAACUGCUUUAAUAGACGAAGCUAUCCCCACAUUAUUUGGCGACAAAGUUAGGAAAAGCAACCUUGACCAAGUCCAAGCAAGACCGGUAGUGCGCAAACGAGAAGUGAGGAGGAUACUGAGUGACUACAACCAGAAAGGCCAAGUUGAUAAAUCAACUGCUGUAACGUAUACAGAUGCUGUUCCAGAUUUAUCUCCUGUUAAUCUAGGUGACAUGACCGCCAACCCUCCAUCCACUGAGUUUCCAGUUGACGCAGUUGAAUUAGACAUGGACAUGGAGUUGGACAACAGUAAAAGAACUGUCAUGCAGAGCGCUGAAAUACCACCUCCCGUUGACCAGUCUUCAACAGUAGCCUCAGCCCUUAACCUUCAACAAGACCUAGAAACUCACAGUACUGAUGCUAAGAUCCAGUCAAAGAAAUCUUGUGAUGAUUCCCUGAAAAGGAACAUGGGUAAACUCAAACAUACAGAGAUGAGAUCAAUGAAUACCAGCAAUAAGAAGGCCUCAUGUGCAUGUCCAAAGUGUUGUGUAACAACUGCUGUCCGGGGUACCCAAGUGAAUCGCAGGCCACCGCCAAUUAAGCGAAAAACUAAAGUCCAAUGAAGUGAAGUAAAGCUACCAUAUGGAGUUGGAGGGCCUUAAGAGAGCAACUGACAGUUUACGCAGAUGUGGCCUGUCCCUUGCAGAAAUCAUUACAGACAGGCAUCUGCAAAUACAAA